GUCAAUAACGAUGCGGUUCUUAACCCCACUACCAGUAUGUGUACUCAUGCCUUCGGAUAUCUUCCAGCUAGCUACCGGUAGUCGACAAUUGUGACCAUUGAAUGGUAGCUGUUAGACCGCGUAUUCAGGCGGAUUACGCUUCGGUUGGCUGCCUUGUCGUGUCUGGCAACAUUAGCUUACAAAUGACCAAGAGGAUACAUUGGCGAGGGAGUUGAUGGUAACGCAAGCCCUGGAUCCAGCAUUUGGAUCCUGGCUUCAGUUGAUAGAGACAGUAACCGAGCACACUGUUGUAAUAUAUUAAUCUUCUUGUAUCCUACUUUACGCACUUGUUCUUGCCAAGCCUUCUUACACCGAUGCCCGGCACCUUGGAAAGCGCUCUGCACGCCAAAAACAUUAACAUAAGUCGUAAAUAGCGUUAGCUUACAAAUGAAUGGCAGCUCGUGACUUCUCUGCAACGUAUGUGGGGAUUUGCGGUGACGAGCAACAUAAGAAACGGCGCCGGUUAGCGCAGGUGUAUGCAAGCAGGGCAAGCGGGAAAGCAUAUUUCGAUAGGUGUAUGCCUUCUGAACCUAGACAGCCGUCCCAACAGUCAGGCCUCACUACUAAGCGAAUGGAUGUUACUUUGCUAAAGCCUACUGCAGCAGUCCUGCUGUACAACCUGCAACAGCACGGAACCCUAUUGCAGCGGCUCGGCCACGGCAAGCAGCCGACGCCGCAGAUGGACCCGGGGGCACCUGAGGUCGCCGAGGGCCGAACGGGUUUACAAGCCCGAUCCCGGACGCCGCAACAUAUUUUGGGGGGAGCUUCCAUGAAGGUCGACGCGGAAGAAGGAACAAUGGAUAACCGGUUUGACACAUCUCCAUGCCCAGGAACUCUUGCGGACUACAUAACAGCUAUUCAAGCGCGGGGUGGCCGGAUUCGGUGGCGUCCGGAAGACGUGAAGGCCAUGCUGAUGCACCUGGCGUCCUUGCCCCCGGGCAGCAGCGGUGUCGAUACCAAGCAGGCCAUGGAGAAGCUGGGUAUAGCUCAUCUACCUGAUCCAGACAACAAGCUCUGUGUAUGCGUUACAUUUAAACUGCACACGAUCCGUAACACACUGGCGCACGGCCGGGACCCUCUGGCAGGAGAAGCCAUGCCCAGGGCCCGUCCGGGGACUUACAAUUUUCGGGGCUGGCUCAAGCAGGCCUUGUUAACAUUACCCAACUGUGAGGGCACACUGGCGCAGGCCGCAGCAAUCCUGGAGGCGGACCCUGACAUCAGCCCUAAGCUGGACAGGAGGCCGGACCACCAUUACCACAGCUUUCCGGUGUGGCGAACGCACCUCAAGCGAGCAGCAUCAUGGUGCCCUGAAUUUGUCAACACUGGGCGGAAGCAGGGCAAGGGUGCGAUCUACCGCUAUGAUGAAGGGGUCGCCCAGGCGCUGCAAGAGGGCCGCAAGCCGCCCAAGGCGCCCAAGGGGCGGGUGCCGCAUCUGGGGGCGCGCGGUGGUUGCAACUGAGGAAAGGGCCUCGGGUUCGCGCGCGCUGAUGUGCGCGGAAUCGUGUGGAGGGGGCGGGGGCGAGCGUGUUUAGUGUCACUACAUGGCUUGAGGGGAGGGAGCUGAGGGAGUUGGCAGGGGACCCCCGGGAGACAGCGUGUCCGUCCAUUGGAACAGUGCAUACCGGGUUAAAGAGAGGAUAGUAGGGAGUAAUGCUAAUCGUAUGAGAGCAGCAGACGGGGCAGCUCGUGCGUGUCUACCUAGCAGCGCCAGCAGCAGGAAGAUGUACGGCUGUGACGUCCGUUUUUCCGUGAGGUCGUGGGGGAAGGGCGUCGUCCGGUUCAUCACAGGAUGGGGUUGGGUACCUAGAUGCCGAUGGUGAUCUGUGCUGUCGUCGCACUAGCCUGCUGGAGGCUGCUGAUUGUGCUACCUACUCGCUGGUUCUGUCCCGCUUGCAUUACUGAUUUGUUUGGAAGGCUGGAUAGAGCACAAAUGUUUUGUGCACACAUACGUACCAUGUCAGGCGCAGUACGAAGGCAUGAUAGCUUGAUAGGUCCAGGGAUGUACGGCAGAUGCCCUAUGAAGGCCGAACCUGGGCAAGACACAUGUAAUGCCAUGUAGGACCACGGG